AUGCUCCACUCUGCGGCGGCAUUACUGCGUCUCGCCGAAAUGGAAUAUACUGGUCCAAACAGUCUAUUUAUUCGCAUUCUGCUUGAUAAAAAAUAUGCAUUGCCGUAUAAAGUGGUGGAUGCGCUGGUUUUUCACUUCCUUCGAUUUAAGCAUGACGAUAGAGUUAUGCCCGUGCUGUGGCAUCAAUCAUUCUUGGUGUUUGCACAAAGAUACAAACAGGACCUGACGCCUGAACAAAAAGAAGCCCUCCUCGGGGUGAUGAAGGUGAAAACGCAUGAGCUCAUUACACCCGAAAUUCGUCGAGAAAUAGUCAAUUCCGUUGCUCGCGGAGAGAUCUUGGACGCACAGAUGGAGCUCUAA